AUGUCUUCUACACCGUCAGGAGUGCCACCUUCCCUAUAUUUUUGUUUGGAAGUGGAUCCAAGAUUGUUUGAUGUCUCUUUCCUCAAAUUCCUUAUUGUCGCUUUGGCUUUCGUGGCUUGUGCCUACGCUGAUGUGUCUGAGUUGGGCUACAACUAUGAACAACCCGCCCCUGUAGCUCCUGCCCCAGCCCCAGCUCCAGUUCAACCUGAGAGAUCUUACAUUCCUCCAGCAGCCCCAGCUCCAGUUCACCAUGCCCCUGCUCCAGCUCCAGCCCCAGUUCACCAUGCCCCAGCUCCAGUUCACCAUGCCCCAGCUCCCGUUCACCAUGCCCCAGCCCCAGCCCCAGCUCCAGUCUAUCAUGCCCCUGCCCCAGCCCCAGCUCCAGUCCAACAAGCCCCAGCUCCAGUCUACCAUGCUCCCGCUCCUGCCCCAGCCCCAGCACCAGCUCCAGUCUAUCAUGCCCCAGCUCCCGCUCCAGCCCCCAAGGUAGAGGAACCCGUCAACUCCUACAUUCCUCCAGCACCAGUUGCCCCCGUUGAAGAAAUUGAACAAACCCCUGCUGAUGGUUACCGUUACAAGACCGUCCGCCGUGUUGUCUACAGACACCAAGAUGAAAAAUUUCACCAAAAUGAAACGUUAGAAGACGACAAGGGAGUGAGAGCAGAGGCAACGGAGGACAUGUUGAGGUUUUAUAUGAGAACGCAUUUUCCACAGGAUAAGAAAUUCUUUAUUGCUGCUUUGGCUUUUGUGGCUUGCGCCUGCGCUGAUGUCUCCGAAUUGGGCUACAACUAUGAACAACAUGCCCCCGCCCCCGCACCUGCUCCAGUGCAACCCCAAAGAUCUUACAUUCCCCCACCAGCUCCUGCUCCAGCACCAGUUGCUCCCAUCAACACUUAUGUACCACCAGCUGCUCCCGUCAACACCUAUGUACCACCAGCUGCCCCUGCUCCUGCUCCAGUCUACCAUGCUCCUGCCCCAGCUCCAGUUGAACCCGUCAACACUUACAUUCCUCCCGCAGAAGAAAUCGAACAGACCCCAUCUGAUGGUUACCGCUACAAAUCUCUUCGUCGUGUUGUCUUGAAAAAUCGUGCUUAAGCGACAAAGG